AUGAUCCCCCCUGGCGACCUUAUCCAGACCGUCAACGGCGGCACGGCCUACGCUACCUUCCUCACGCUCGUGCUCGCUGCCUCGACCCCCCUCUUCAACGCCUCGUCCAUCGCCGCCAACGUGAUCGGCGCCACCAACGACCUCACCCGCAACGUUGCCGUCCGCUCGUGGUCGCACAACCUCGCCGUCACCGUCGGCAUUGGCGCCAACGCUUGGGACCAGCUCACCGGCCUCCCCCGCCCCGCCGAGCUGCGCCCCUUCGAGGCAAUCAACGGGAGCCAGUACGCGCCCGCGACCCCAGGCGACAUCUUCUACCACAUCCGCUCGGACCGCCCCGACCUCCCCUUCGAGUUUGAGCGCCAGCUCAUCGACCAGUUCAACGGCAGCGUCAAGGUCCAGGACAAGGUCACCGGCUUCCGCUACUUUGACGCGCGCGCGCUCCAGGGCUUCGUCGACGGCACGUCCAACCCCGUCGGCUCGCUCAUCGACCCCGCCACCCGCGUCAACGGCAGCAUCGACCCCAACGGCGCGGGUGGUAGCUACCUCCUCACGCAGAAGUACUCGGUCAACCUCGACAAGUGGAACCAGCUCCCCACCGACCAGCAGGAGAAGGUCUUUGGCCGCACCAAGCCCGACAACAUUGAGCUCCCCGACCAGGCGCCCGCCGACCAGAAGCCCCACAAACAGCUCACGACGGUCAUUGUCAACGGCACUCAGCACGACAUUGUCCGCGACAACAUGCCGUUUGGUGACCCUUCGGAGGACGAGUUUGGCUGCUUCUUCAUUGGCUAUUCGGCCGCCGUGUGGGUCCUCCAGCAGAUGCUCGACAACAUGUUCAUCGGCGUCCCACCCGGCAAGUACGACCGCCUCCUCGACUUCACCGCGGCCGAGACGGGCAACUAUUGGUUCGUGCCGUCUCUCGAGAUGCUUCUCACCAUCGGCGGCAACUAG